UUCAUGAAUAUUUUGCAAAACGUUCAGAAACAACAUGGCUGUGAUGUUUCAGCCAUGGCUCCCUCUGUACCUAUUCCUCCUCGCGUUCAUCAUUUCUGCGCUUCCUUUCUCUCAUUGUCAAUUCGGUUCUCCCCAGAACAUCGAGACUUUCUACCCAUUUGAUCAAGCUCCGUCGCCGAAUUCUGUCCCGCAACCUCCAAUAGUUCGUCCAUUUCCUCCAGCGACGCCACCGCAACCGGCGCCAACGAAGUCUUCGACGACCGGGAAGAUUGUGAAGGCAGUGGCUGCCACGGCAGCCGGCACUCUGGUUGUUUCCGCGUUGCUCUUCUUUUUGGUCCAUAGGGGUUUUGCUGCAAGACGCAGAGGAACGCAAGGCAGUAGUCGUUCUAGUGAUGAAGGUCCGCCUGCAGCGCCACGCAAUGAGUUUUCACGGGUUGACGGAGAUCUCAAGGGGUUCAUUGUUGAUGAAGAUGGUUUGGAUGUGCUUUAUUGGAGGAAACUUGAAGGGAGAAACUCCAAGAAGUGUACUUUCCGUAAAGAGGUAUUAAAAAAAGAAGAGCAAGAACAAGAAGAUCGGCGGAGGAAGUCUGAGCGACAAGAAGUUCCUCUGCUCCGAGGGAAGUCUUCAGCUUCCCAUGUUAAAGUUGUGCCAGAAGUGGAUGAUCCCAAUGGAAUUAGUCCAUCAACUCCUCCCCCUCCUUCUUCCCCACCACCAACACCAACACCAACACCAACACCAUCACCUGCCACCCCCACCCCCCCCCCACCCCACCUCACUGCCAUUCUGCAGUUUCAAGUCACUGUCACACCGCCACCUCUGCCGCCUAGGACAGGUGGUUCGAACACAUCAUUAAAGCCGCCCCCGGCGCGGCCAAAAGGCGUGGUAGGGAACAACCAGCCGGGAGAGUCUUCAUCUGGAACCGAAAAUGGUCAUGUAAAAAUGAAGCCAUUGCAUUGGGACAAGGUGAACACUAACACAGAUCAUUCCAUGGUGUGGGACAAAAUUGAUGCCGGCUCUUUCAGGUUUGAUGGAGAUCUUAUGGAACACCUCUUUGGCUAUGUUGCCACCAACAACAAAUCACCUGAAAGAAACAGUAACUCGGUGGGUCGAAGCAGUCACAACUCUUAUCCGCCAGCACAAAUAUUUAUCCUCGAUCCUCGAAGGUCUCAGAACAUUGCAAUUGUUCUGAAAUCUCUGGCCAUAUCUCGCAAAGGAAUCGUUGCGGCGCUCAUUGACGGCCACGGCCUUGACACUGAUACUCUUGAAAAGCUGGUCAGAAUUGCUCCAUCCAAUGAAGAACAUGCCCAAAUCCUAGAAUACGAGGGAGAUCUCACACGACUAGCUGAUGCUGAAUCCUUCCUCUACCACCUCCUGAAAGCUGUUCCUUCAGCUUUUACUCGUCUUAAUGCCAUGCUUUUCAGAACCAAUUACGAUUUGGAGAUUCUAUUCCUUAAGCAAUCAAUACAAACACUUGAAUUGGGUUGCAAGGAGCUUAAAAUACGAGGGCUCUUUAUGAAGCUUUUAGAAGCAACCCUCAAGGCUGGCAAUCGCAUGAAUGCAGGAACAGCGCGAGGGAAUGCCCAAGCCUUCGACCUUAAUGCUCUUCGAAAGCUCUCUGAUGUUAAAAGCUCAGAUGGAAGGACUACUUUACUCCAUUUUGUCGUGGAAGAAGUAGUCCGGUCAGAGGGAAAACGGUGUGUUUUGAGCAGAAAUCGUAGCAUGAGCCGUAGCAUGAGCCGCGGCGGCAGUACUUAUAAUCCUGAGAGUUUAACAACAAACGAGGAAAGAGACAAGGAAUAUAAAUUGCUAGGAUUGCCAAUGGUGGGAGGCCUCAGUGCUGAGUUCUCUAAUGUAAAGAAAGCAGCCACAAUAGAUUAUGACACCUUUGCUAGCACGAGCGCAGCUCUCACAGCCCAUGCAGCAGAAAUUCGAGCACUUAAUUCCCAAUGUGCCAAUGAUAGAGGAGGAGGGUUUGUGAGAGAGAUGGAAGGGUUUCUUGAAGCAGCUGAAGAAGAGCUAAAGGUAUUGAGAGAAGAAGAGACAAGGGUAAUGGAUCUUGUAAAGAAAACAACAGAAUAUUAUCAAGCAGGAGCUUCAAAGGACAAAGCAGCACCCCCACUUCAACUAUUCGUUAUAGUUAAAGAUUUUCUUAGUAUGGUUGAUCAGGUCUGCGUUGAGAUUGUGCGAAGCCUGCAGAAGAGGAGGACAGUGAUGACAACUUUGGGAUCAUCAUCGCCAAAUUCACCACCGCCAAGGGGCCCCGUCAGAUUCCCAAACUUGCCGGAAAACUUCAUGUCAGAUAAGUCAAUGAGUAGUUCUAGUGAAUCAGAUGAUUUUUGA